AUGCUCAGCUGCAGCAGCAGGUACAAGAGCAUCAGUCUGACCAUCUGGGAUGUUGGAGGCCAGGACAAGAUCCGCAGGCUGUGGCCUACCGGGGCCUACCAGGCCACUGACGGCUUGAUCUUUGUGGUAGACAGCUCUGAUCGUGAUCGCAUCAAUGAUGCCAGGGAUGUGCUGCAGCACAUGCUGGGCGAGCCAGAGAGGGAGAAGGCAGCUCUGCUGGUGAUGGAGAAUAAGCAGGACGUUCCCAACGCAAUGUCCGCGAGUUACGGCAUGCACGCACUGGAGCUGCAGAAGAUGCAGCAUCGUAAGUAUCAUACAGGCAACCUCUGCCCCGACCUGUAUGAGGGCUUGGAGUGGCUUUCCCGCGCCCUAUGCACGAAGUGA